AUCCGACUUCAACGCAAAACUGCUGUCUUCGUAUUUGGGAUGCUCAAAUUUUUUCCCUACUGUCCUAAUUAGUUAAUCAUCCUUUUGGAUCAUCGUACAACUAUUAACUACCCUUCACCAGAAUUUCAACCAACACAAAGCAACAGAAACAAAGAGAGCACAGACACUAAGUUCGUUUCAAGGGAAGGAGGAGGAGGAGGAGGCCUAGCUAGUUCCCCACCAGAAACGACAGCUUUCCUCUCUUUUUUUCUUGCCGGAGUCCUAGUUGUUGCCCCGCACCAGAGAAAUGCCAAGCUUAAGGACCUGAAACCUGGUUUGAGUCGCAUAGUAUAAUGGAAUCUGAUUCAGAUGUUGACUUUGCUAGUGUACAUGGAGAUGGGUUUCCUCCUAUGGUAGUAGGUAAUGGAAUUGGAAACAUCCCAAAUAGUCAAUUGGUCCAGUAUGAAAGUGCAGCAUGCAUUGUAGAUAAUGGAUGCAAGAGUAUGAAGGGUUUUAUGUUAUCUGAAAAUCGAUGGGGGAGGUGCACGCAUUCCGUAGAGAAAACAUAAAUCAGUUUUAAUGACAAAAAUUGAUCAGCCCAAGCAAUCCGCAGUUAUCAUGCUUUCCUACAGGAGAAAAUCCAUCGACAACCCCGAAAGGACUUCAUGUGCUUCUGAUCAGAAGUACUUAUUCCGCCCUAAAGCAGGACUACACAUUCCUUGUUCAGCAGUAGAGAAGCCAACUCCAGGAUCCUGGUCUGAAAUCUCGCCUUCAGUCUUUAAGCUCCGCGGGGAGAACUAUUUCAAAGACAAACAAAAGUACCCUGCUCCAAACUACAGCUCAUAUGUACCAAUUGGUAUUGAUUUGUUUAUCUGCCCAAGGAAGAGAGAUCACAUUGCUCAGCAUCUUGAGCUUCCUUCUGUAGAACCACAUGACAAAGUUCCUUCCCUCCUUAUUGUUAAUAUACAGUUUCCGACAUAUCCUAUUACAAUGUUCCCUAGUGAAUGUGAUGGUGAAGGCAUGAGUCUUGUAUUAUACUUUAAAGUCAGUGAAAAUUUUGACAAAGACAUCUCUCCUCAGUUUCAAGAAUUCAUCAAGAGAUUUGUUGAGGAUGAUACCGAAAUGGUUAAGGGGUUCACAAAGGAGUCAUCGGUUCCUUUCAGGGAAAGGCUAAAAAUUAUGGCUGGAUUGGUGAAUCCAGACGAGGUCCAACUGAGUUCUGCUGAGAAGAAGCUUUUAAGUGCUUAUAAUGAUAAACCAGUGCUUUCGCGCCCUCAACACAAUUUCUUCAGGGGACCUAAUUACUUUGAGAUUGACCUAGACAUACACACGUUCAGCUACAUCUCCAGGAAAGGGCUUGAAUCAUCCCGAGACAGAUUGAAGAAUGGGGUAUUUAAUUUGGGAUUAACAAUCCAGGCACAAAAACAAGAAGAAUUACCGGAGCAAGUCUUGUGUUGUAUGCGCUUGAAUAAGAUUGAUUUUGUAAACCAUGGUCAAAUACCUACUCUUGUUACCAUGGAUGACUCACUUGGACAAGCACCUGUGGCGUCCUGAAGGGUUUGCAAUAAUUUAUUAGUUCCAGCGAGAAAUUGAUCAGAAGAUGUAUUUUUUUUUUUUUUGGUAAACAUUAGAUCGUUACUACCCAUUCAAUGGUGCUAAGGACGGAAUAAAGAAAAAUGAGAAGCAAACGGAAUAUUAUUUUGCAAAAUGGCAUCAAAAUCUUGUACAUAUUGUACCCAUUAUGCUUUAUUACAAUUC